UGGGAGCUUCGUCGCUGAGCUGAGGCACCGUGGUUCACCCCUGCGCUGUGCUGUGCCGUGCCGUGCCGUGUCUCGCUCUGUGAGUGUGAGCGUGUGUGUGUGUGUGUGGGAUAGUGUGUGACUGCCUGGGACGGAUCUGCAGCCACAGUAUGAGAAUUUCCAUCCCAGCUUUUUUCAUCUCUCUCAUCCUCAUAUUUGAUCAUUUGAUUUUUUCUUUUGAUCACUCGACCUCAUUGUGUGGCUCCUCUCAUUUCUCGACCGCUGUCACCCACAGUUUGUUGCUCACCACCUUCACUUCUACCAGCAGCAGCAGCAGCAGCAGCAGUGGCUCCAGGUGAAAGAGGAAUAUCCCCCAUACUUUCCUCUUCCGUGGCCGCUCCUGCUGUGGAUUUUUCAUCACCACUGGACUAAAACGCAGAGGGAUUUAUUUAUAUUUGUGCCACAGCGGACACCAGCACUACUUCUUCUUCUCUCUGAGGGAUGUAUUAUUACAACGCUGUGAACGGUGGAGAAUAUAAACGCACUGUCUGCUGAAUGAACUGCCCUCGUGCGCCUUUAUUUUUUUUGCAGCAGGUCUCUGUUGUGGAGAUGCUCUAGUCCGGGGGGUUUGUGGUCCGCACGUCUCCUCUGCUCUGGAUCAGGAUAUAAAGUGAAGAAUCUGCGCCUUUUUUUUUCUUUUCUUUUUUUUGUUUUGACACCGAGGUUUUGGUUGUCGUGCACCCGCGCGGAGGUACGUGCGCACGCGCUCACUCACCAUGGGAGACUCGAUGUGGAGAUAUUAUUUUGGAGUUCUGUUUAUUGCCUUCAAAGUGGACUUGUGCCGGGCGCUUAUCCUGGAGUCCAUCUACUGGAACACAACAAAUACCAAAUUCGUGCCAGGCCAAGGAGUAGUGUUGUACCCUCAGAUCGGGGAUAAGUUGGACAUUGUGUGCCCGCGCGUGGACGGCGGGAUGACCGAUGGCGUGGAGUAUUACAAAGUGUACAUGGUGCCCAAGGAGCAGCUGGAGAGCUGCACCGUCACCAAGGCGAACACGCUGCUCCUCAAUUGUGUCAAACCUGACCAGGAUGUCAAGUUCACCCUCAAGUUUCAGGAGUUCAGCCCCAAUUUAUGGGGCCUGGAGUUCUUAAGAGGGACAGACUACUACAUCAUCUCUACAUCUAAUGGCACUAUGGAGGGAAUCGACAACCAGGAGGGAGGAGUGUGCAAAAUCAAGUCCAUGAAAAUGAUCAUGAAAGUGGGACAAAAUCCCUCUGACCCUAAUUCACCCAAAGACAUCCCCACCAAAGUCCCUUUCUACCCACCGCACCCAGAAAACAAGGACAACUAUAACAGUAAUGACGUGCUGGAAAAGCCAGAUGUAGCACAGAGGGAGAGCAACGACAACAACAGCGGGGGGAAGUCCUCCAGCAUCAUCGGCUCUGAAGUGGCCAUCUUCGUCGGCAUCGCCUCAGGCAGCGUCAUCUUCAUCAUCAUCAUCAUCAUGCUGGUCUUGCUGCUGCUCAAGUACCGGCGGCGGCACCGCAAGCACUCGCCCCAGCACGCCGCCACGCUGUCUCUAAGCACCCUGGCCACGCCCAAACGGAGCGGAGGGGGCGGGAACAAUAACGGCUCGGAGCCCAGUGACAUCAUCAUCCCGCUCAGGACUGCUGACAGCGUCUUCUGCCCGCACUAUGAGAAGGUCAGCGGCGAUUACGGCCACCCGGUCUACAUAGUUCAGGAGAUGCCGCCUCAGAGUCCAGCCAACAUCUAUUACAAAGUCUGAGGUGGAACUUAGGACAGAAGUCAAACUGGAACAAUCCCGGGAAGAGCAGGGUCUUGGUUUUGGCUGGCACCGCCUGCCCACCCACAAACAAUCUCUCUUUCUCUCUCUCAGUCUGUCAGCUCCUCCUCCUCCUCCUCCUCCUCUUCUCUAAAGUUUUGUCAAUAUCUUUUUCUUUUUCAAAGUUUUACUGAUACCUUGCUGUCUGAUUUCAUCACAGUUAGGGCGGAUGGGUUGAGGGGAAAUGCCAGAGAGAAGCCUGCUGCUGUCACUGCUGCUGCUCUCUGGGAGGUUUGGGAAAUGAGAGAGAACAAUCUUUUUUUUUCGGCAAAGUUGCUACCUGUUUGGGGAAUCAGAAAGUUAGACAGUUGCACAGUGUGUUGUUUUUCUUUGCGAUGGACAAACGGAUGUAUGGAUGCAAAGGUGUGAAAGUAAAUGUUUGACCUCACCUUAAGAGAGACUACUGGUUGGGGAAAAGCACGGGGAAAGAGACAAAAAACAUGAGCGAGGAGGAGACGUGAGCGAGGAUAUGGGCUAAUUAUGAACUUGCAAAAUGGCUGCCCGUCCUUAACGCUCACAAGCAAGAGAGAGACUGUGGAUUUACCAGCCAAACAAGGAGGACGGAGAGAUUCUAACACCAAUCCUCUCCUGAUUGACUCUCAGCCUUUCACCCUGCCACCAACAGGCUCACCAUCACAUGGACACACGUUCGCCCACAUGUUUGCUCACCAAUCAACCUGAAAUGUUUGGGUUUGUAAGUGUGGCUUUGCAUCGUUUCUUCUCAUUCACCGUAAUGUCUUCAGCCAAUCACUCACUACGGUUCGCUGAAAACAUGUUACUUGAAAGGUUUUAAGGACAAAAAAAAGAACAGUUUUCUUUUUUUCUACUGUCACCAUUCACCUACAUCUUGGUUUCCUUUUCCCUUAAAGUGACAUGUGUGAAAUCAAACAUAACUUAAAAGUGGCUCAGAGUGAAGACCUUUAACGUCUACAUCCCUGAGAGGGUGCAAGAACAUUAGGUCUGUCUAGGGUGGCUUCUGGGAAGAGUGGAGGAUCUUCAGAUACAUAGUGCAGCACUUUUAAUUCCAUUUGUGGUACCUCCCCUCUUCCCAGCGCUCCAGAGAGAGAGAGAGAGACAUUUAUAGCUCGAGAUGGGGGAGCAGGUUCCGUAGCAAGAGUUCACCUCGACUUCUCUAUGACCUGAGCUUUUCACAUGGGAAAGUGUAGGGGCAAUUAAAAAAUCCACCUCGCCUUACUGCCAUUGUUUUGCAUCAGGUGAAGAAGAUGCCUGAGAUCUCGUUGAGGUUAGCACAGCUGGCUGAAACAGCUCUAGGUACUGUACCGUUUAGCCCGAGGGGUCCACUGAUGUUUGAGUUUUGCCCAAAAUCAGCAUGAUCUGGUGCUGUCCUUUUCUCAUUAAAGAAGCACAGGGACAUCUACUUAACUUGUUUUUCCACAGUUUCUCAAUUUCCACUACCAUUUCCAUAUUGUAAGUUUUUUUUAAUUUACUUACACAGUAGGUGUACAUUUUUAAAAAAAAAAAAAGACAUUACAAGUAAAAAAGUAGAAAAAGAUAAAAAAAUAAAAGCAGAAUUUAUUUAUGAUAGACACACUGAGCACAUGUGUUGUCAGGCGGUAUGGAGAGGAAGAAUAAGUAAUGUUAAUAUAUUAUGGUAUAAGUGCACAUUAUGCAAUCUAGGUUUUUGAUUAUUUGAUAUCUCUCUCAACUCACUGAGUGCCGUGUUUUCAUGAGCUCUUGUCCACAGACAUAAGACUCAGUCCUGGGAAGAAGGACCAGACCAGGGGAGGGUGGCCAGUGGCCGCAGCCCCACGGGGAGUAGAGUAUCUGACCCAAAAUAGCUCACAUUGGUGUACACAAGGGCAGUUGUUUCUCCCACACUCAUUCUGUGUAGCAUCUCCCAAAGGAUAAUACCCAUGAACACCCAGUUCCCCCAGUUCUCCUCAUGUCCAAGUUUAUAUUUCAUCUUCAUUUCUGAUCAUAGUCAAGUGCAUAUACCCAGCCGUCACCAACAUUUGUCAUUUGCUCAUAGCAUUGCAUCAAAAUUUCACCGAAAAAGCCAAGCCUUGUCUGAUCUGAGGUUUGUGCCUCUGAGAGGCAACAAAAUCUGCAAAUAUGCAAUUCCUAUUUAUUUUUUUAAUCAAUGAAGAGGAAAAAAAAACAAAAAACAACACCUAUGGAAAGUGUUCUUAACCACUGAAAGAUGUAACGACACACAAAUGAAACACAAAACUAGCAAAGUACUUCUCACGAGCCUGCUGUUUUAGUAGUUUUUUAUUUCCUGCAUUCAGUGUAGUAUUAUUUGAACCUUUUUUUGUUUCAAAUAUGUGCCGUAGUACAAAGGUAAACUGUGAAAAGACCAUAAAAAAACAUGCACGCGUGCGUGUACGUCACAUCGCAAAAAUGGUUUAAAUGAAAAGGUAGCAGCUGUUUAGUUGCUGUCAGUCUGCGGCAGACUAUGACAAUCUUUAUUCUUUUCUUUUCAAUCUGAUGUCCUUUUCUUAGCAGCCACACGACUAACGCUCUCCCAACGCUGACCAGGAUUGGUUCACGCUGUUAUGAAGUGUCAUAGCGACCCUGUGAGAGUCUUAGCACACGGGCUAGGAGAAGCACCUCAGGCUACUGUAAAUGCCUUGCUCGUAUGGUCAGCCCUUGGUCACUUGACUCAGUAAUUUUGCACCAUAUACUUCUGUAGGUAAGAAACUGUAAAUACAUUAAUGUUUGUAUUGUAUAUGGAUCCUGGGUUGUUACAAUAGCCUUAUUCACCUUUUUAGGAAAGUAAAGAAAGAAAAAAGUACGGACAAAAAAACAAACAAACAAAAAAACAAAACGGAAUACACUUCAGUAAAAGAGAGCAUACUACUUUUUUGGUAAAUAGCUUAUGUAAAUAUUGACCACAACCCAAUAAAAAAAACAACAUUUUUUAUAAACUCUUAAAGUAAGAUGUUUUGUAUAAAAUUUGAAUUUUUUGCUAUGUAUUUUAGCUAGCGUGCGUUCGGAAGCCCAUGUCCUCCCCACUCCCUCCCCUUUUGCACUGUUUCCAUGGUAAUUUGGUUUAAAAAAAAAAAGAGAGAAAUGUUGCCAAACCGACUGCUGCAUAUUUGUGCCAUAAGUGUGUACCAUAAAUAUUUAUUAUUAGUUUCUUUUUUUCUUCUUUUGUCCUGUUUAUGAUUUAAUUUCAGUCCA